AUAUUGAAAUUAGAAUGUGAACAUGAACAUGUACAAGAAUGAGUUGGUUCAAUUCUAAGAGAAAGUCAAUUUGCUAGAAAACAAAUUUUGGUAAUUUGUUAAUUAUUCAGGGAUAUUCAAUUCACUUUGUAUGAUAACAUCCUAUUUGAAAAAAGAAUCUGUGAUUUCCUAUUCAAGUAUGUUUAAUGUCACGAUAUUGAAGCUUGAUGAUUCUUCAUUCUUUAUGCUUUCUUGUUCUGAAGGAAGAAUAAAGAACAAACAAUAAUGCUUAGUGCAGAUGCUCAAAUACGAUAUAUGAUCCAGUGGUUUCAAGAAUGGAGUGACCUACAAAAAUCUGAUUUUCUGCCAAUCAUGGCAGAAAGAUAUGCCAAUAGAGUAUUUGUGAAUGGUAUUGUCAACAGCCUUGCCAAUGUAGAAUGUAGAGACAAACCCAUGUCUCUUUUUGAAUGUAGAGUCAAAUUAUUCAAGGAGUGGUUUAUUCAAUGGUCUGUCGAUCAAAAAGAUUAUUUUUUCAAGCAAAUAACUGAACUGGACUCAACAUUUGCUGAAAAAUUAAAUUCAGAAUUGAACAAUGGUGCUGUUGCAAUGGUUAAUGGGAAUGGUGAUUUAGAUGGGGAGGUUAUAGAUGAUUAAAGGAUACUAAAUGUUUUUUAAUUCUAAUUAAAUUAUUAUUAGUUUUAAGUUUGCUACUGUUUUUAUGUUCAAGAAAAAUAUUUUAUUCAUAUUAAAUUACUUGCUAAAA